AUGGUUUUUUGUAGAUUUCUGCCACUUCCGGUGCUUCUCAGUGCCGGCCUAGCCGGAGUUGGGGCCAUGGACUUGCACGAGCAAAGAAUGAUGGAGGCACCUUCUCUUCUUCGAGGUGGCGCCUCGUCAGACGAGAUCAAGGUGGUUACGGUGCCAGUUGACGUUCUGCACAGCGCACAAUUCUCAAGUCUACUGGACGCUUACUUGGAGGACACGGCGCUUGAGAGGGCACUAGGGGAGUGCCGUCUUUGGAUAGAUGUUGGGCGGUUCAGAGGCAAACAGACAACUACUGACCCUCUGCCUCCUGCUCCAGAUGCGACAGAAAAAGGAGAGUUAAAGGAAGGUGCUUCCUCUCCCAAGCACAAACCGAUGGCUAGUGCAGAAGAGGAACCAUGUACAUCUCUGAACAAACAAUUCCCUGCUCCAGAUGCGACAGAAAAAGGCGAGUUAAAGGAAGGUGUUUCCUCUCCCAAGCACAAACCGAUGGCUAGUGCAGAAGAGGAACCAUGUACAUCUCUGAACAAACAAUUUGGGUGGAGUGUCAAGACGAGGAGUGGGCCGUUCGAAGACCCUUUCUCCUUUGCCGUAUGUACGGAAGCGCCGUGGUUCGCAGAAGUUGAGGUCGUCAAAGUGGAGGAGGCCGAUGAAACCGGUGAAUUGGGCCCGGGCCAUCUUCUUUUGCACGUGAAGUACAACCCUCCGCUGCCCACGGAAGCGCCGUGGUUCGCAGAAGUUGAGGUCGUCAAAGUGGAGGAUGCCGAUGAAACCGGUGAAUUGGGCCCGGGCCAUCUUCUUUUGCACGUGAAGUACAACCCUCCGCUGCCUGCAGCCUUCCCCUCCAAAAUGCCCUCAAAGAUUCCUCUGGCCCCCUCCCAGAUUAUGACGCCUUCUGUUGACGACAGUGUUGGGCCCCCAAGGCCAGGCGACAAGGCCACAGUCCUCUGCCUUGAAGUGGGCAAGCCGUUGCUGUUUUCGAGUCAGGUGGAGAACGACACGGCUUAUUUGGAUGCAUUCGUGGCUAGUGAGGGCGACAGUUACAAGUGUAAAGUGUUGGUUUUGCUCGUUGCUCUUGCGCUUGUGCUUCCAGAGUUCCUGCCGGGACCCUGGUCCGUGCAGGUGGAUGUGGAGCUCUACGCGGAUGUUUCCCGGCCAAUGGGCGUCGGCGCCCGCCUGCGCGUGAGAGAUAACGUGGCUGUGACGCUGCCUCCCUCGCGCUUGCUGCCGUUUCCGACUGAGGGAUUAAGACCUGAGGAGUGGGUGCUGCUGGAGCUUGCAGAUCUGCAUUCGCAGCAGCAGCGGCAAAGUGGAGAAACGGAUGGACAGGAAACCGACGAACUGGACAGGUUAGAACUGUGGGAUAAAGUCCAGAGAGAAGGAGCCUUAGAGGCUUUCGCAACUCGCCAGUGCCGCCUGAGGAGGGGUGAGAAGUUUGGUGACCCCGUUCAACUGGACUGUUUACCCGAUCUUAAAGCGCAGACUGGAAAAGAACUGGUGACGAAUGGAUUGGAAAUUGUCCGCCGUGGGGUGAUCGGUCUGGCGUUGACCCUGAUAUCAACAAUGGGAGUAAAUGCGGCGUUUCAUUCGCUCAUCCGGUCUAACGACAGCUUUGCGCAGCGGAUGGAGAAGGCGGCGACGGAGCUCUCCCUGUUCAACUUGAAGAGAGAAUGGAAACUGGAAGCACCUCUCGAGGCUUGGAAGAAUCCCGAUGCAGAAGAUAAAAUAAUGGAAAUCGCCCGGAAGGGGUGGACCCCACAGCAAACUGAGUUGCUGGAUGAGAUUGCCUCUGAAAUGCUCCAGCUUUACGCGCAAGGAGCGAAAGAUCGUAGGAAGCACAAGACUGAAGGGAAAAUAAAAUUCGAAGAAAGUGAUGACAAGCUCGUUAUCCGUGUCCCAGUAUCGAACCUAAGUUACAGACGACGCCAUAUCCUAGGCGUGCUAUUUGAGAAGGAGUUAGAACUGGUUUUCACCUUCGUGGACAGGGGAGGGCAGUUCCACCCCUUCCACAAAAUAUCAACAGCACAAGGAGGGACUGCUGCGGUGGACGAGCAGAAAGGCAUUUUAGAGACAACUGGGGGCACACAGCCGUCCCAGGGCAUAACUGCGAAACCAGUCGGGGAAACAGCGCUUGAGGCGGCGCAGGCAGGUGACAAAGGUCCCAGGGCAUAA